GUAAUUCUAAUGUUGGUUCAUCUAGACCUGAUCUCCCAAGUUAUGCUACUUUGUUGAUCACUGAACUAUGUAGUAGCUGCUGAUAUUGUAAAUAUAUCACACCACAUUGUUUAUUGAGUGCAGGUAAUUGCACAACAACUCAUGGCCGAGAUCGACACUAGACAACUAGAAUCUGUGCAGGCAGGAGUGGCUCUCUUCGAUCCGAUAAGCGAUCAGCUCAACAGGUUCAGCCCAGACAGAAAUGAGGAAGAGAUUGUCAUCAUCACCAAGGAGCUCGCUACUUGCAAGCUGCAGCUCGAAGUGAAAGAAAGCGAGAGCAAGCAAGCCAUUCUGAAGUAUGAAGCUCUCCAGAAGGCCAUGCAAGAACUCUCCGACAAGUACGACAGGGCGUCUCUAGACGCUUACAUCCGUAUAACCCAGCUGGAAGCUGACAAUAGCACGAUCAGAAGCCAACAAUCGGAGAUGGAAGAGGAAUGCAAGACACUGAGAGAUGAACUGGCUACCGUGAAAGGCGAGCUGGACGCCGCAAAGGCGUCGAUCGCAUUUCUGCUGAGAGAGGUGGAGCUGAUGGAGACGAGGACGAUCAUGGAGAGGGAGAGCACAAAGGAGGCGUUGGCGCGCAUCCUGCAGCUCAACGAUACUGUUUUGUCGUCUGCGGUUGUGGCUAUCAGGGCGGAGGAGGAGAGGUCUGUGUUCUUUCAGGAGGUGACACUUGAGUUCUUCAACUCUGACAAGAACCUGGAGGUGAUCAGGAGGCAGACGGAGAUGAUGGAGAGCAUGGAGAAGGAGUUGCUGGCGAAGACGAUGGAGGUUGAGUACCUACGAUCAGAACUGAAGCACGUCAAGGAGCUUUACAUGGCACCGCAGGCUGGUUGUGACAACUCAGAUGAUCGUCAGGUUCAAGCAUGUUGUGAAACAACUACAGAUGAUCAGAAAGCAGAAGCAGAGUUCACAUCUCAGCACUCACCACAAGAAUGUUUUGUUUCUGAAAUCUUCAGAAAGGAUUGCCAAGUUGUUCCAUCUGAUGACACCACGAUGAAAACUAAGAUGUCUGAAGAUGUUGUAGAAGGUGAAGGAGGAGUAGAGGUUAUGGUUCAGGUCACGACAGUGCCUGAAGGGAACUCCGAUGUUCAAGAGACAAGAUGCCUUGUCGCUAAAAUCUCUGGAGAAGAUCACGCUUGCAUCGUCGCCACGGAGAUCGCUGUCUCCAAAGACGAGGACGAGUUCUACACCAAGGAGCUCGAGCCCGAGCAGGGAAACAAGCUGGACGGGUACGUGCUCGUCGCGAAGAGCUCCGAAGCCAACGCGGUCAAUGGCAAGCUGCUGGACGCGGCGCGCGCGGAGAUCAGCAACCUGCGGUUCAGCCUGGAGGAGGCGGUGCGGCGGGCCGAGCUGGCCGAGGAGGCGAAAGAGGCGCUGGAGCGGGAGCUGAGGGAGGAGAUCCGGAACAAGCACCCGUCGCGGCGGCUCACGACGUCGGACUCGGAGGACGGCCGUCGCCCGGCUCGCGAGAAGGCUCCUCCGGCGCUCGCUCCCAUGCCCAGUAGGCCGCGGCCGACGCCGUCGAGGGGGCCGAGAAGCGCCCGGCCGGGAGGGGAGCACUCGCCGACGCCGCGCUGCGUGACACUGGGGAAGGUGCUGAAUAUGAAGUACAAGUGAAGUUCGCG